AUGGGUAGAAAGGUUGAAGAAGGUCAGACAUCCUGUGACACUGAAGAGAUAGAUAGAAGGGGAAGCAGGAAGAGACCUCACCUGAAAGUUGAGGAGACUGAAGAGAAACCUGUUGUCAAGAGACCAAAACUGGAGGGUUCAGAGGUUGUGGUGGAGACAGGACCAGUGGAGUAUGCAAAGGUGGAACCAGGUACCGUGGACCAUGAGGAGGAGGCUGAGGAGGAUUACUACGAGGAGGAUGAACCAAUCAGUGCAGCCCAGCUCAUGGGCAGGACAGAAGUCGACCAUGAAGACUAUGAUGACGGCUAUGACAUGGAUGAGUAUGAUUGACAGCUGUCAGCAUGGAGGGGAGGGACCAAGCUACUUGCCAUUCUUCCUCACACAGUUACUGUUGUAGUUAUGUUUUUUUUUUGUGUUUAUUCCUGCCACAGUACAGUCUGUGUGAAUUAUUUGAAAGAUGUAAGUGUACAAAUGUAUUUAUUUCUCAUUUACUCGUUGUGCAAGAUGAACUGUUUCGAAUCUGCUCUCAGUGUUGUCUUGUGACAGACAUUGUGACACAGGAUGCUCAACCAAAACAGUCUGACCUGCCCAAUUAGACCGCUCAGGAUAAAAUAUGGCGUAUGUGGACAGGAUUUUUAAAGCUUGUGUCGAUGGGAAAUUUAUCUAUGGGUCCACACUGGCCAUGUGGUCAUGUAGAAGUUUGACUGUAUUUUGAAGGAGCCUGGUGUACAGAUUAAUUUAUUUAUUCCUAAAGAUGCAACGUGUGUAUUUCCAUACGAAAAGGACACACAGUUACCCCCCCCCCCCAUGUCAAUCUCGAUAGAGUCAACAUUUUAGUGCUGUAAGUAGAUAGAAGUAACUUUUUAUUUCCACAGUAAAAAGGAACGGUACAGUAAACAUUUCUGCUUUUUUGAUUCAAAAGUUUCUAAUGUGAUAUGGAUACAAAAUGAUACUUUUGAAAUACAACAGUAUUUUGAAAAUACAAAAUGUACCCCCCCUUCUCUAUUUAACACUUAGUUUCAAACAUAUCAUUGCUCUAUACAUGCCAUCUCAACCAUUGAGAAUUUCUUUUGAACAGCGCCAAUGAUAUUUAAGUAAUUCCAAGUGUGUUCACACAGUGUUGGAGAUGUACAGAAGUUGAGAAAUGUGUUAUAAUGUUUGAUACUGAAAAGCCAAGUUCCCUAGUUUUUGGUCUGUUUGUGUCAGAGCAGAAUUGACAGUACAGUUUUAGAUUGAGAUAAAAUAGCUUUUUGUUCUGCAUUUGCAACAGAAAUGUUCAGAAUAUGUUUCCAAGACUUCUCUUUUCAGGAAUUCAUAAUAUGCAAAUAAUUUCUUCCAUUUCAGUUUCUGUCAAGUUUUUGGUACUACUAAUAUUUCUAUCUACUAGUAACUAUGUCCCUGAAUAAGACUUUCAAUUCCACUGACCCCCCUUCCUUUCCUGGUCAUUUCUAACACUGAUCAUUACCACAACUGAGAACAAUAAAAAAUCAGAUGUAAAUUACA